UUUGGGAAACGGAAAACUCAUCUCCUUCAAACCAUUCUUUUCUGUUCUCUCCUAAAGUAUCGACGUCGCCUGAAGAGUUGGGAGAUUCUAAUCUAAGGUGAGUAACGCCAUCGCAUUCACUCCAGGAGGACAUCGCCUGCAGGUUAGUAACGCCAUCGUUCCAAAACCUCCACUUCCUCUUCGAUUUGUACCGUAGUUGAAAUUCGAAUCUGAGCGGCGAAUCGUAUCUUCUUCUUUUCAAAACUCGAUCUAUCUGAGCGAAGACUCUAAUUCCUCUCGUCAUACUUCUGAUUAGAGUUCAGAUCGGUGAGCGGCUUGAAUCGCAUCUCCUUUUACUUUGUUAACAUUCAUUCUAACCCGUCUUUUACCCUUGCAAAUCCUCAUCGUGAUCUCAACUUCUUCCUUCACAAGCUCAUGCCAGUACAGAAGUGUUUCCCCUGCAAUUUCAUUUCAUUUCAUUCUAAUUACGAAGACCCUUUAUCUCUCUCUAUCAAAAUAAAAUAUGGGCACAAAACAAAAGGAACCUUUAUCUCUCUCUCAAGCCAAAAAGCCAAAAACCCAGGAACCUUUAUCUCUCUCUCUCUCUCUCUCUCUCAACCCAAAAAGCCAAAAACCCUUUCUAUUUCGUGAGUCUCUGUUCCUCUUUCCCCUGUUCUUGUGGCAUUUUCUUUAUCCCAUUGCCACCAAUCUCUGUCUUCUUCACCCUUUCAAGCCGACUUGACCUAAACCUGGUAAGACUAAUUGGAGCAGUGAGAGUUACAACACCUCAAGAAAACAGAGGUCAUAACUUGGGAAUCGAUUGUUAUACAACUGAGCUUGCCUGAGAAGCUGGAUUUCACGGGUGAGUUAAUCUCUUUGGUUAUUGCCUUGUAUGUGUUGUGAUUUGAGAGAUUGGUUGUUGGAUUAGAGUUUUACACCAUGAACAAGGAUUGGAUGACAGCAAGAAAAUGGUCGAUGGAGUAUAUAGAGGGGGUUAGGGAUUUCAUGAAGUUUGUCGAAGACCAUAUGGGUAGUUUGUGUGAAAUACGUUGCCCUUGUGUUGAAUGCUUAAAUGCAUAUACGUUCAGUCAAAAGGCAGUGUUCGAUCAUUUGUUUAUUAAGGACACACAAUAUAAGGAAUGGAUUUAUCAUGGAGAACAAUCUACUUACGGACUUCCCACUCAAGAGAAUUUGGAUGGAGAUGUAGGAGAUACUAUGAGUUUGGGAAUGGAUUCCCAUUAUGGUGACGAUCGCUUGGAUGAAAUGUUGGAUGACUUGGGUGCAUAUGUGGAUAAUAAUUCAAGUGUUGAUGAAAAUGAGACAAGGCUUGAGACUCCUAAUUUUGAGAAACUAUUACAUGAAGCAAGAACAGAACUAUAUCCGGGUUGUGAUAGUUUCUCAAAAUUAUCUUUUGUUUUGAAAUUGAUGCAUCUGAAAGUUUAUAAUAGGUGGAGUAAUAAGUCUUUUAAUAUGUUGUUGGAGUUGUUAAGACAAGCUCUACCACAUGGUGAUGCCCUCCCAAAGUCGCUUUAUGAAGCAAGAAACAUGCUAGUUGAGUUGGGGCUAGGAUAUGAGUUAAUAGACGUAUGCAAAUAUGAUUGUGCACUUUUUUGGGGAAGAGAUGCAGUAAAACAGCAUUGCCCCGUGUGCAAAACUUCUAGAUACAACGUUGAUGAUGGUAAAGGAAAGCAAAUUCCACACAAGAGAAUGAGAUACUUUCCUUUAAUACCAAGGCUCCAACGUUUGUUUAUGUCAUCUAAAACAAGUAGUGAUAUGAGAUGGCAUAAAGAGAAGCGGGUCAACAAUGAUGAUAUUUUAGGUCAUCCAGCUGAUUCGGUUUGUUGGAAAGACUUUGAUAAGGAGUUUCCUUGGUUUGCAGAAGAUAGUCGAAAUGUGAGAAUUGGGAUAGCUACUGAUGGCUUCAACCCUUUCGGAAAUAUGAAUAGCUCAUACAGUAUGUGGCCCGUCGUUGUAUCUAUAUACAAUCUUCCUCCAUGGUUAUGUAUGAAAGAGCCAUUCCUUAUACUUACAAUACUUAUUCCUGGACCUACUGCUCCGGGGAAAGAUAUUGAUGUUUUCUUACAACCAUUAGUGAAGGAAUUGAUGCUUCUUUGGGAAAAGGGUGUCCAAACAUAUGAUGCAUCAAGCAAGGAAAAUUUUCAAAUGCAUGCAGCUGUUUUAUGGACUAUCAAUGAUUUUCCUGCUUAUGGGACUCUCUCUGGGUGGAGCACGAAAGGAUAUUUGGCUUGUCCUGUUUGUAACAAGGAGACACGUAGCAAGAAGUUAAGAAGCAAGAUUUGUUAUACGGGGCAUCGUUGUCACUUGGCUGCUAAUCAUAGAUGGAGGAGAAGUCGAGAAUUUGAUGGAAAUGUAGAUCAUCAAGUGGCACCAAAAGAAAUGUCGGGUGAUGAUAUUCUAAACCAAUUGGAGAGUCUUCCUGUAUUGGUUCCUGGUAAGCAUCCAGGUAACAGAAAGAAAAAGAGCACCCCUGAAGAGCUGAAUUGGACAAGGAAGUCCAUUCUUUUUGAUUUGCCUUAUUGGAGAAAGUUGAAACUGAGGCACAAUCUUGAUGUAAUGCAUAUUGAGAAAAAUAUUUGUGAAAGCAUUUUGGGGACUUUGUUAAACAUUGAUGGAAAAACAAAGGAUACAAUUAAAGCAAGGCUGGACUUGAAGGAUAUGGGUAUAAGAAGUGAACUACAUUUGGAGGAGAAGGAUGAUGGUUCUUAUAAGAUCCCCCCUGCUUGUUAUGUAUUGUCCAAAAAAGAAAGAUUGGAAUUUUGUGAGUUUUUGAAGUCGGUGAAGUUUCCUGACGGAUAUGCUUCUAACAUAUCUCGUUGUGCCAAUCCAGUUGAUGGGAAGCUUGUAGGCUUGAAGAGUCAUGAUUGCCAUGUGUUUCUACAACAAUUAUUAGCUCCUGGAUUUCGUAGCUUUUUGCCAAAAGAAGUGUAUAUUGCCUUGGCAGAGUUGGGAGAUUUCUUUAGGAAGUUGUGUUGUAAGACAAUACACAUGGCCGAUAUUGAGCAAAUGGAGAAAGAUAUAGUGGUCAUACUUUGCAAGCUUGAGAUGGUUUUCCCUCCAGCCUUUUUUGAUGUAAUGGUGCAUCUGGCGAUUCAUCUACCUAAGGAGGUUAAACUUGGAGGACCAGUUCAAUUCAGAUGGAUGUAUCCAAUCGAGAGAUAACAAUUUUACAUCAGAAUACUUAGCUUCUCCUUUAUUCGUUUUACUUAUACCUUCAUUUUCAUUUCCAGAUAUUUACGAACAUUGAAAGGUACUGUUCGAAAUAAGGCUCGACCCGAAGGCUCCAUUGCAGAGGUUUAUGAGGUGAAGGAAGGAAUACAGUUUUGCUCAAUGUACCUUCGAGGUAUUGAAACUCAAUUUCAUCGUGAAGAGCGGAAUGUUGACAACAUAGAGGAUGGUGGGUUAUCUAUUUUUUCUUAAAAGGUUCGACCAUUAGGAGCAUUUAACUAUGUGAACAUGGGUAAAAAAGAACGGGAGAUAGUAAUGUGGUAUAUUCUGAACAAUUGCUCCGAGGCACAAGAAUAUUUGAAGUGAGUACAUCAUAUAAU